AUGGCCAAAAUAUUCGCAGCUAAAUAUUUGUCAACAUUGGCUGAAAAACUUUCCAAAGAAACAUGGUGUAAAGCCCUAAACAUGUUAACUUCUCAGCAGUCACCAGGUCCGAAUGCGAAAUGCUACUCAAUAUAUUUGCUGAAAUAAAUAAGAACUCUAAAACGGAAAAGUUGGACAGGAACAGUUUCCGUGCACUUCUUCACAAAACCUUUAACAUGACGGAUGACAUGAUUCUCGAUAGGAGUUUGGCAAAAACCCCGUACAUUUUCCAGUUUUUAGAGCAUUUAACAAGCGUCUUGAUGGUUUUAUUACACAAGAAGAAUGGAUCAGAGGUUUAUCAGUAUUCCUUCGGGGGACUUUGGCUGAGAGGGCUGCGUGUAAUACUUCCAUAUAUUUACGCUACUUUCCUAUAGUUUGUUUUUCGAUUUACGAUAUUAAUUCUGACGGCCAACUAUCGAGAGAAGAGAUGUUCCAGUUUCUCAAACAAGGUUUACCUAAGGUGAGCUCACAACGCCGAGAGAAAGUAUUUUAAUAACAAUAUGACGGAUCAGGCACGCUUCUUAUAAGCCAGGUAUUUGUCUCACUGUUUAUUUGCGAGACAACAAGAGAAGCGAACGUUUACCAGUUCGAAAUUAUCUUAAAAAGCAGUCCAAAAUAAGUUAGUACGGAGCAGUUAAGGGAACCUUGAUAAUUCGUGGAACUUUUUUCUUCGAAUGCCAGAAGAUUCCUAACCACUGGGCUGCAUGACGACAAAGAAGCCUGCAUACUGUUCACUUAAAGGAAGUACCUGUCAUAUUUUUGAGUGGUAUUAUGCGUGUAGCAUUUGUGUAUGCACAUGGAAAUUUUCUCAAAUUCGGUAUUCUUAUUUCUCCCCCUAUCAGCUGAACACCGAAGAGGAUUCCGAUGAGGGUGUACGCGAUCUGGUUGAAAUUACACUUAAACGAUUGGUGAGUUUUCUACAUUCACAAAGGUUUAUUUGAUCCAAAUAAUUGCCUUCUACUUCUUACUGACUGAAUGAAUCAAAUAGUUCUGGAAAUCGGAACAUUAGUAGCCCGCUAUUAAGAGAAUACAGUGAGGUAUUGCCUAUUCACACUUGCCAGCUGGAAAUUAGCUAAUUAGCACGACGGGAUUAAGAACACGAGUGCUAAUCGGCUUAAGGGAAAAAUUUGAUUGCUUGAAUUUCCUGAAAAACAAAAAUUAUUCCGGUCUUAUGCAAUAAACAGUGUGUGUUAUGCAGUUAAUUGAUAUACUAAACAGUUUUUGAUAGCCAAUCCCACAUGCGCUACAGCAUUAUGAUUUUGCAUUUUGCCUAACAACCGAAAUUUUUAUCUCGGAUGCCGAAUAAUUUUAAGCUUAUAAAUGUUUCUAAUAUUUUCGUUCUUUCUGAGGACUUCGACCGCGAUGGACGGGUAUCGUUAAAUGACUUCAUGCAAGCUGUUGAUGAGGACCCAUUACUGCUGGGAAUCCUAGGACCUUGCUUGCCAGAUGAAAAGGUGAGUGAAAAUGCCAAUUGCAUGUAGACUAACAUAUGCAAAUCGGACAAUUUUUGACAAUUUUGAUGCAUGCAAAGUCAAACCACCUUCUAAAUAUAAUCUUUAGAUGUUUUCUUAUAUAAAACAAUUAUCAUCAGAAUUAUUAUUCUCACAUAAGUAUCGAGACUUAUGUAACGAUCGUUGCAGAAGUUGAACAAUGGAGGUACCGUUUACAUUAACAACUUAUCAGAAAAACAAAAAUACGCAAAUAAGCCAGCAGCUGGAAAUGAAGUGAUCGUGACGUGAACUUAAGGGGAUUUAUAAAAAAGUUGCACUUUUCCAUGCGGAUCAAAUAAAAUUAUACAAGCGACCUGUUAAAUUUGCAUUAUAAAAGCAUGUUUCUUAACCUAAACAGGUGACUGCGGCCUUCUUGUCUACGUUCCAAGAAGUUAAUCUGCCUUAUACUGUCUACUUUAUACGACCCUCAUGGAUGCGAAAGGACGGAAAGUCUGCAAAAUGA